UCCAGUUCAGACGCUGGGCUGGUUUGUGCUGCCUCGACGUGAGGAGGGCGGUUCAAAGGUCACCAGUCGCGGCACUUUGAGAAGAGUCUUGCCGUCACAGGCGGCGGCCGGAGGGAGGAACCAAACUAAUGCUGGCUGCUCUCGGUCUCCGUGCCGGACCCCGGACCGGACGGGAGGUCUGUCAGCUGGGUUGCAGGAGCAGCGGGCUGACCCGCAGGAUGUCCGGCUCGUCCCCCCCGCUGGCUGCGGUCUGCCAGCUCACAUGCAGCCCGGACAAACGGGCCAACUACGCCGCCUGCCGGCGGCUGGUGGAGCAGGCUAAAGAGAGGGGGGCCGGCAUGAUCUUCCUACCGGAGGGCUUCGACUACAUCGGAUCCAGUCGAGAGGAGACCCUGGCUCUGUCCGAGAGCCUGGCGGGCGAUGCAGUCUCCCAGUACACUCGGCUGGCCAGAAAAUUAAAGGUCUGGUUGUCUCUCGGCGGAUUUCACGAACGAGGCCACGAGUGGGAGACGGACCGGCGAAUCUACAACAGUCACAUUAUCAUUAAUGACGAAGGUGACAUAGUAUCUGUGUACAGGAAGUCUCAUCUUUUUGACGUGGAGCUUCCUGGAAGAGGGGUGUCGCUCAAAGAAAGUGCCUUCACCAUCCCCGGCCCUGCUGUCAUGCCCCCCGUCCAGACGCCCAUCGGAAAGGUGGGGCUGGGGAUCUGCUACGAUCUGCGAUUCCCCGAGUUCUCGUUGGCUCUGCAGAGGCAAGGGGCGGAGAUUCUGACCUAUCCGUCAGCCUUCACCAUGGCAACGGGAGCAGCUCACUGGGAGGUGUUGCUGCGUGCGCGGGCCAUCGAGACGCAGUGCUUUGUCCUGGCGGCGGCGCAGGUGGGCCAGCACCACGACAAGCGCUCAUCGUACGGGCACGCGCUGGCGGUGGACCCCUGGGGGACGGUGAUGGAGGACUGCGGAGGCCGGGACGCCGGCGUGGCCCUGGUGGAGAUCGACCUGGAGAAGCUCAGGGAAACCCGGAGGAACAUGCCUGUCCAACGGCACCGCAGAGAUGACAGAUUUUACCGCCGCAUGGAAGAGAACCCCGCAGGGGACUAGGUCGAGAUGCAGCUGUUGCUGCUAUGGCAACCGCAGGUUCGCUAAGAUGGUCCCUGAGGACCUCUUGCUUUGAGUGUACAGGAGACAAAAUAACCAGGGGCGUGGUUUUUAGUCAGGGCGGACACACAAAUAUUUUCAGAUGUUUAUUAUUAAAAAGGACCGUGAAUGGGGGGGAAAACAUGAAAGUUUGAGUGGACAGUUCUACCGAGACGAAACAAUCAUUAUGUGGUUAAACAUCUGAUGAGGAUUAAACACUGUGGAGACUCGAAUAUGUCCAAGGUGUAUUUGUUCUUGACGUUUGAGUCAAAGGCAGAUUUGGGCACAACUCGGUGAGCAGUCGAUUAAGGCGGCAUAAUGAACUGUUUGUCUCGCUACCUCUGCUCUUUCUCCAGUUUCCUCGGGGAAUAUUGCAGAAUUCCGACUUUUGAGUCGAGUCAAUAUCCACGCGGCAGUGGGUAUUCUUAUUUUCCAUUAAUGGAGCUUGUUUUAACAGCUUUGUUGGUGAGUGACGCGCUGCAUGAAGGGGGUGUUAUGUUACGUAGCGAGCAGCAGAUGGCGCUGCUGGGCAGUAGGUGCGCAAGAAACCGAGUCUUGUGUUUUUUUUAACCUUGAGGCAAUAAAACAUUCCUGGCUGUUAAGCGGCGGUUAUUCAUUCAUCUGUGGAUAAAUACGUUCAGCCUUGUAGAACCUGAUAAUGUAAUAACCCUGAUAAUGUAAUAACCCUGAUAAUGUAAUAAAAAAAUGCACUCGAGGCCAUUGAAAAUGCAAUAAAACCUGAUAAUGUAAUAACUUCCUGAUAAUGUAAUGAAAUGA